AUAUCCCACUGCUUGAUCAGAAGAACUUUUUUUGGAUUUCCCCUAACUAAAGCAGGUUCUGGUCUGGUCCAGCAGACUGAAGGUGUUUUUUUUAGGUUCUGCAGACCACAAAGUUCUACAACAGCUGCUGAUGCAUCUGGAGAAGAUAUCUUGCUCAAAUGGGGUCUUUUCCUGGUCCCUCUGACCACAUUCUGUCUCGGCACGUGGCAGGUUCAGCGACGAAAGUGGAAAUUAGAUUUGAUUGCACAACUGGCAUCAAGAAUUACAUCCGAGCCCAUCCCUCUGACAUUAGACCCCAUGGAACUGAAGGAGUUGGAGUACAGACCUGUAAAGGUCCGGGGCCAUUUUGACCACUCGAAGGAGCUCUAUAUUUUGCCACGGUCACUUGUGGAGCCUGAGCGAGAAGCUAGAGCAGCCUCGCGGCUGAUGUCCCACCCGGAGAACGGCGCAAACGUCAUUACUCCUUUCUACUGCACAGACCUAGGGGUCACGAUUUUAGUCAACCGAGGAUUUGUGCCCAAAAAUAAAUUGAAACCAGAAACCAGGCAGAAGGGACAGAUUGAAGAUGAAAUUGAACUCACUGGGGUGGUGAGAUUAUCAGAAACCCGGAAGCCUUUUGUGCCUGAAAACAACAUUGAGAAAAACCGCUGGCACUACCGGGACCUGCAGGCUAUGGCAGGGGUGACGGGUGCUGAGCCCAUCUUCAUUGAUGCCGACUUCAGAAGCACAGUUCCCGGGGGUCCCAUCGGAGGCCAGACACGAGUGAGCCUGAGAAACGAGCACAUGCAGUACAUCAUCACCUGGUACGGCUUAUGUGCUGCAACUGCAUUCCUGUGGUACAGAAAAUUCAUACAGAAGAUACCUCUGUGAGUGGAAGGGCAAGUCUCUUUGUACUACAGUCAAGA